AUGGUAUUCCCAUUGUCCGCGAAUGGUCUUCUUCUGCCAGCUCACGAAGAGGUCAUCAUUCGCGGUCUGGCUCGUCCACCGCAGUCACCCCUGGCUCAUCAAACGGUUCCUCAAGGCUCGCGCCCGUUGCAUCCCGAUACAGGGGUAUACUACGUUCCCGCAAUGACUAUGACCACCAUCGCUGUUCCUCACGAUUCCUCGCACUAUUUAGCAGGUUAUGAUCCUUCUUCCUCUCCCUCAUAUCUGCAGAGUCUCCACCUCAACCCACACCACGGCCGUCCCUCAUCUAAUACUGCCCGCGAUUCAAUUCCCCUGUCGAAGGGGCGCGUCUCAUGGGUUGGCUCCCCUCCAGCUGACCCAGCAAAGGCGGAGGCACCAACGGAGGCUCCCAGCAAUCACCAGUCAUCCGAAUCACCCAGGUCACCCAAAUCUGACCCAAUAAAGGCGGAGGCACCAACGGAGGCACCUAGCAGUCACCAGUCACCCAAGUUACUCAAAUCACCCAAAUCUGAUCCAGCAAAGGUGGAGGCACCAACGGGAGCUCCCAGCAGUCACCAGUCACCCGAAUCACCCGAAUCACCCAAAUCUGACCCAGCAAAGGCGGAGGCACCAACGGAGGCUCCUAGCAGUCACCAGUCACCCAAAUCAAAUUCUCAAUCGCCCACGAAGAGCAGUGGAUUCCUCAGCUUUCUCGGCUUUCGGUUCAAAUCCAAACAGCGCAAACCCGAUGAUGCCCUCUACCCAGCAUCCAACAAAAGUCAACGGGAGAUUAUGCAGGAGGAGGAAGAAGCUGCGCUCGCGAAGAGGAAAAACGACCAGCAUCCUCGCCACCUCGACAAUCCAUCCCGUCCGCGUACCGUGCGUCGCCAACGUCCGCACUCGUUUGAUGGACAGCGCGCUCUGGAGAGGCAACAAAGGAGAAACAGGGACCUUGAUCCAGAUGUCCAGGAAAACACUCGCUACAACGCUACCAGUCUCAAAUACAUCGAUGGUCCACUGCGUCCGAGCCGUGGGCGCUCAGACUAUCACGGUGGGUACGCAACGGAUGUCCAGCCACCAAGGUUCCGACGUAACUCGAUGACAACCGCACACGCUCAGCGUCCCUCGAGUAUAUACUCUUUCAGCCAUCCAACGUGGUACUCGCUCCAGCUCCACUCUUCGCAUGGGAUUGACCAGGAGAGCCAUGCACCAGCACUCAAGGGCUGGUUCAAUCAACGUGGAGACGAGUUGAUAUACAAGAAUACUGUGAUUUGUCAGGAGCGGGAGCGACAAUACUCCCCCCGCUUCAAAAACUACCCACCCGUUGGCCAAGGCUUUGGCGACUCACGUGGGAACAUUAUCGAUAUCAAUGGGAGACUUCUCAAACGUGUGGGUCGACACAUAGUCUUCACAUAA